AUGACCAUCAAUCCCACUUACCUCGCGCAGCGCACGCGCUCCUCCGUCAAUUGGGCCGAUGCAAAGUCUCGCGUCAUCCGGUCCUAUAGAGAAUGGCUCAGAGCGUCCCCCGAGAUUCAGACCAUGUACUCCUUGAACCUCCCCGUAUCCGCAAUCCGGACGAAGAUUCGCCAAGAGUUUGAGAAGCAUCGCUACGUCCAGCAGCUGGGUGUUGUUGAUGUUCUGUUGUUCCAGAGCCAUGCCGAAUACCAGGAAACCCUCAACUACUGGAAGCAGCUUUCGCAUGUGAUGAAAUACUUCCGGCCAGAAGAGGAGCCCGGUGCUAGAUUACCUCCCAACUUCAUCUCUGGCUUCUUGGAAGGCCGCAAUUGA